UGCAGUUCAGGUCACUCCACAUCUCCAAAGAGUGAAUGAUCUGGAGGAGGGGGAUGUCAAAUUGAAUCAAACAAUAGUUUCUUGUUAUAUUUAAUCCGGUCUGGAUAAUUUUUCACAACGUUGAGCGUGACAAGCACCACAGUGGAGGAAAAGUAGGGGAUAGGAAUGAGGUAUUUCCUAUUCAACUAGCAAGCUAGCUAACGUUAGCUGUAGGCUCACAUAGCCAGUAGCAUCAGCACUGUUCAUAAUAACAAAACACAGGAAAAUGUACUUUCUCUACACAAUUAUCGCGUCUUUAGCCGUCUUCUUCAUUUUGAAAUGGUUGAAAAAGAGGAGAUAUUGCACCGACCUAAAAAGACUUCAUGGCAAAACAAUUCUCAUUACAGGUGGGAAUUCUGGCAUUGGCAAGGAGACAGCUAUUGCCUUGGCAAUGAGAGGUGCUCGGGUCAUCAUCGCCUGCAGAGACCCAGAGAAGGCUGACAAGGCUGUGAGGGAAAUCAAGUUUAAGAGUCACAGCCUUAACGUCCUUCACAUGGAACUGGAUCUGGCCAACCUGCGCUCUGUGAGGGAGUUCUGUAAGAGCUUCCUGCAGAAAGAGAAGAGGCUUCACAUCCUGGUCAAUAAUGCAGGCAUGCCCGGUGUCCUCGACUGGACCGACGACAACUUCAGCAUGUGUUUUGGUGUCAACCACUUGGGUCACUUCCUCCUAACCAACCUGCUUCUGCCUCGCCUGAAGGAAUGCGCCCCCAGCCGGGUGAUCACCCUCACAUGCUCCAGCUACAAAUACCAGAAACUGAACUUCCAGGACCUCAACUACAACCAGCUGCCCUUUUUCACCUACUGCCGCAGCAAGCUGGCAAACAUUUACUUCAGUCAGGAAGUGGCCCGCAUCACUGAAGGGAAAGGAGUGACCUCCUAUGCUGUGCACCCCGGUUUCGUCCAAAGUGGCUGGACAUGCCACUACUCCAUCCUGUUCCGGAUGCUGGUGCAGGUGAUCAUGUGGAUGUUUUUCGUGCCGUGUGAGAUCGGAGCACAGACUGUCAUCUACUGUGCUGUGUCAGAUGAAGCAGCCAAACACAGCGGGGGUUACUUCGUCGACUGCAGACCGGCUACUCUGCGUCCUUUUGCAAGAGACACUGCUGUGGCAAAAAAACUGUGGGAGGCCAGUGAGAGACUGGUGAACCUGGCCUGAUGGCGGAAGCUGGGGGACUGAUACUGAGAGAUAUUUAUGUUCACACACUACUUUUUAUUUAUUUUUUCCAUUGAUAUGUUUGUGUACAAUGCUAUUCUGUGUUCAGGGACGUUUAUGAGUUAUUUCAUAAAUAAACAGUUCACCCUC